AUGAAUGUAUUUCUGUCGUUAAUCAAUGAAAAUUUAAUUAAACAUGGUUUGGGCUGUCCAUUUGCAUUGAGUUCUAAAUUGGGUUGGAUUAUCUCAGGCAAGGUGACCUUUGAAUCCCAUGAGCCCAACAGAGUUGUGGUGAAUUAUUCGUGUAUAAGUACGGAUGAGUUAGUGAGAUCAUUUUGGGAACUUGAAAAUAUUCCCUCAUCUCAAUUAUUAAGUACUGAGGAAAAGUUGUGUGAAAUUCAGUUCGAGAAAAAUGUUUGGAGAGAUGAUCACGGACAAUAUUAUGUUGCGUUACCCUUUAAACCCGAUAGAAAGGCAUUAGGAAAUGCUCGUGUUGCUGCCCUUAGAAGACUUUACAGUUUAGAAAGGAGACUCGCAACAAUGCCAGAUAUCUAUAAUCAGUACCGACAAUUUAUGCAGGAAUAUUUGUCAUUAGGACACAUGGAGAUAAUCUCACCUAAUUGUAGAGACUUAGAAAAUCAACAUUAUUCUAUCCCUCAUUAUUAUAUAAUAAAGGAAUCAAGUUUAAUGACCAAGUUGAUAGUAGUAUUUGAUGGCAGCACAAAAUCUUCAUCAGGUACUUCACUUAAUGAUACCUUAAUGAUUGGUCCAAAAAUCCAGGAAGAUUUUAUAAGUAUUCUUUUAACAUUUCAUUGUCACAAUAUUGCAAUAACAUCUGAUAUCAAGCAGAUGUAUCAACAGGUGAAAGUUAGACCUCAGGAUUGUGACUUUCAACGAAUAGUUUGGAGAGAGAGUUCAGAAAUGCCAAUACAAACUUUUCAUCUUAACAAUGUCACUUAUGGAACAACAUUAGCCCCAUAUUUGGCUACGAGAGCUUUGAAGCAGUUAGCGAUUGAUGAGAGUGUAGAGUUUCCGAGAGCCUCAAAAAUAGUAUUGCGAAAUUUCUGUGGAUGACAUGUUGACUGGUGUAAACAACUCUGAAAUGGGUAAGGAACUGAUUAAUGAAUUAAUUCAAUUAUUAGGUAGAGGUGGAUUUGAGCUCAACGAAUGGUUCACAAGUGAACCAUCUAUAUUAAAGGAUGUGCAUAGCGGUUCGUUAGGUGACAUGUCUCAUACAACUAGUGGAACUAAAAUGAUAAAGAUUUUAUGUCUAGAGUGGCAUCCCAGAGAAUAUACUUUCAGAUGUGACUUAUGGUGGAAUGGUCCAGAAUGGCUGAUAUCCAAUGACAGCCCAUUCACCAAGAAUAUACCUAUUUGUGAUGCAUUAAGGGAGGAGUGUAAACAUGCUACUUGUAGUGUUUGCACAAGCAUAGAAGAGCUGCCUGUCAUUUCUAAAAUAUCAUCAUUUGUAAAACUUCAACAAACCAAGGCUUGGUGCCUAAGAUUUAUGACAAAUACAAAAUUAUCACCUCCUUAUAGAAUCUAUGGGCAUCUUACAACCAAGGAAUUAAGAGAAGGAUUAAUCCGCAUCAUCAAACAUGUUCAAACAAUAAGCUUUUCGGAAGAAAUAAAGUGCAUUCAGUCUGGGAAAGUCAGUCAGUGCAUUCAGUCUUUUUGGAUCUCCAUAUAUUUAGAUCAUAUACAGAACUUACCUUUGGAGUUUAUCACAAAUUUAAUUUGCACUGUAAUUAUUCCCAGCACCUUAAGGUGCAACCAUCAGCACUUUAAUAUGCAGAGUGUACCUACUUCCUUCCACUCAACAUCUGUAGAUAAGGAAUAGUUUAUUACAGUCACAAUUAGAAAAGCUGACGAUAAUGUAAGCAAAUACAACACAAUCAGGAUUAGUCUUCAAAGCCUUAUUGGUUAAUUAGGCUAAUAGGGAGUGAAUGUGUGUUUAUAUCCCAUACCUUGGACAUGUUACUUUGCACCUUACAACAACCUUUUUAUUUAAUAUUUCUUUUGAUGGUUUGUCAAAAUUUGCAAAUAUUAAAAUAUCCAACUUGGAACUUGACACCAUAAUUAAAUAAAUAA